GGCCUCUACAUUAUCGAACACAUGAAACGAUGCAUGAGACUUCCCCUUCUCCGUUCGCUGUCCAUUCUUUUUGAUUUGCUUGCGCCGCUAUUGGAGAAAGCUUCUUCAGGCUGCUGCAUCUCUUCGUCAAAUCGUUCCUGCGCGCCUCUUUUGCUAGCACGGGGCUGUACUCCUCGGAGACUUUCCCAGGAUCCCAAACUUGUGGCUUGUAGUACGAGCGCUGUUUGUAUCACUCACUCAAAUAUGUGUUAUUCCCUUCAGAUGUCGAGUUCCAAGGUUGAAUAUUCCAAAUUUAUACAGGGCACGUGAUAAGCCUUAGGUUCAAAGUGACGAAGAUGGAAGGACCAGCUGUGAAUCUUUAACCCACAUUCAUUUGAUCAUACACUGCAGCAUCUUUUAGAAGUAUCAUGGAAGUGCGGAUCAUCGGAAUUUUCAGUCCUUACGGAUCAUGUCUUCUCCUCCUCGCCGGUAUUUGCUGCUAACAGCAUUGCUGUGGGCGACGCAAGUAUCGUCCACGGAUCUAACACCAUAUGUUCUUCCUUCUACUGGUGAAAAUAGUGGCAACACAUUUCCUGGCGUGACCACGCCAUUUGGCAUGGUCAAGCUUGGACCAGAUGUCUAUAAUGGAGCCGACGCCUACUCUGGGUAUGCUGGAUCUGGAGUAGUGACAGGCUUCUCGAUGAUGCACGAGACUGGUACUGGUGGUGCGCCAAAAUACGGCGUUGUUUCUCAGAUGCCAAUCAGUGGGGAUAUCAUCAAUCCGCUGAAUGGCCUCAACGAUACUAGGGCUUCUCCAGAUGUCGACUCUGUAGGGUACUAUAAGAGCUCCCUAGGGUCAAAUAUCACCGUUGAACUCACUGCAACACCUCGAGCCGGACUUUACCAGUAUACGUUCCCUGCGGGAACUGUCUCCAACAUUGUGGUAGACGUCUCUCAUGUUCUGCCAUCCUACAGAAAGAUGGGACUCUCUCAAAACUAUCUUGGUGGAAGUAUAUCAACUUCUCAAGAUCACUACGAGGGAUAUGGAGACUACAAUAAUGGCUGGAAUCGAGCCCCAGACUGGCGGAUCUACUUUUGUGGCUAUUUUAAUGACACCGCCACUGUCAAGACUUUCGUUGGACAGAAUAGUACUGCAACUGCAUUGGCUGGUUACAAUUCUUCUCAAACUGUGACAUCCUCGGCGAGGUUAGGAGCAGUCUACACCUUCAACGCUACUGCGAUAACUUCCAGAGUUGGCAUCUCUUUCAUCUCCACGACUCAGGCUUGCAGCAACGUCAAUGCGCAAAUACCAGCAGGUAUACUGUUACCAUCAGUUGUAGCUGAUACCAAACAGGUUUGGAAUGAUCAGGUACUGUCCAAAGUCACUACUACAGAGACGAAUCUUAAAAGUCUACAACUCCUCUACAGCUCAAUGUACCACAUGCAUCUGCUGCCCUCAAAUCGGACUGGGGAGAAUCCUCUGUGGAAUUCAACUGAGCCAUACUACGAUGACACAUUCACUACAUGGGAUUUAUUCAGAUGUACCUUUUCAUUGUUCCAGAUCUUCCAGCCAAGUAUGCAUGAAGAAUACAUCAGAUCAUUGAUCGAUAUCUUCCGCUUCGAAGGGUAUAUGCCUGAUGCUAGAUCAUCAAAUUUCAAUGGUGCUACUCAAGGUGGUUCGAAUUCGGACAACGUGCUUGCCGAUGCUUAUGUCAAAGGGGUGAGAGGAGCUGUGAAUUGGACAGCGGGUUAUGAGGCGAUGGUCAAAGAUGCUGAGGUCGUACCGCCGAACAACAAUGAUCCUCGUGAUCUCUCUUCAUCGACGAAGGAAGGACGAGGUGCUCUCCCAGACUGGUUGCAACUUGGAUACAUCACACCUAAAUUUGGUCGGUCAGUUACCCGAGCCGUGGAGUACUCGGUGAACGACUUCUCUUUGUAUCAAGUUGCUACAGGUAUUGGUCAGAAAUCAGAUGCAAAGAAAUACUUGGCUCGAUCACGGAACUGGCGCAACCACUGGAACCCGAACGUUACAUCUCUAGGAUUCACUGGCUUCCUCGUUCCGAGAUCUCAAGCGGGCUUCUUAAAGCAAGACCCGUUGUCUUGUGGAGGUUGUUAUUGGGGGGAUGCAUUCUACGAGGCUCUACCAUGGGAAUACAGCUUCAACACACAUCACGAUAUCAAUACCCUUAUCGCACUUUCUGGCGGGCCAGAGACAUUCAUUAAUAAGCUAGAGAUGGUGUUCACACCUGGCAUCAACACAUCCGGUCGAUCGGCAGGAUUCAACAAUACUAUUUUUAAUCCUGGCAAUGAGCCUAGUUUUACUACUCCUUACCUCUAUAAUUAUGUUGGCAGGCAAGACUUGAGUGUUAAACAGAGCCGCAACAUAGCAAAAAGCUAUUACGCACCGACACCAGGUGGGCUACCUGGAGAUAGCGACGCAGGAGCAAUGGAAUCCUGGUUAUUAUGGAACAUGCUCGGUCUCUAUCCUAUGGUCGGUCAAACUACCUUUCUCAUAGGCUCGCCUUGGUUUGCAAAUACCACUAUCUCUCUCGGCGGUGGUCACAACUUAGUUGUGACAACUACAGGAGGUUCAGAUACCUCAUAUUAUGUCCAGUCCUUGCUCGUUAAUGGCAAGCAGUGGACACAGUCAUGGCUCACAUGGAAUGAUGUCUUUGCAAGCGGCGGAACAAUGGAUUUCACCCUUGGUCCAACGCCGGCGAACUGGACGACAGGAAACCCACCCCCAAGUCCAGCCAGUGAGUUUCAGCAGGAUGUUAAUCCGACUACGAUCGUGCAGCCAGGAAAGAUCACUAUGGCUCCAACCGCUGCGGAGCUCACCAAAGAAGAAGACAAGCGGAGGAAGUUGAGAGAUAUCGGAUUGGGGAUUAUGGCUCUUGCAAUCUUUGGAUUCGGGUCCGCGCUCCUGCUGGUUUGGUGGUUCUGGUUCAGGAAGACGGGUCUUGUUAAACAUCAACGCGGCGAGGAGGCAGGCAUGGCGGUACAAUCUGGGGAUGAUGAUGCUAGUCUCGCCGAGAAGAAAGGCGAGCAGAAGGGAGUUGGUGGUGUUGUAAUAGACGCUCUUGUUCAGCCAAGGGCAGAGGAGCAUGGUGGAAGAAACAGUUGAUGAGUUAUAUACUCAUGCUCAACUGUACAUAUAUGCAGAAAACCAGCUAGAAC